AUGACUCUUGACCAUCAGCUCUUUCUCUUUACUUCAUUGGGCGAUAAAAAGCCUUCCACAACCCGUAAAGUUCACAUACGACGUCUCUACGAUAUAUUGCAGCUCAGCCUCCAACGUAAAGACCUUCCCAGGGCAAAACGGGCUUGGGCCAUAUUAUCCAGGUGCAAAGAGGUCGAAUGGAAAUCUAUGUGGUCGACAAGUUUAUAUUUGCUCAGUGAUCAUGUCGACAAGAUAGAGAGCAGUCCACCCAAAAUUGAUUUCUUGCGAACUAUGAUGCUCCAAUAUCCAGACGAGCGUGAAUCUAUAUUGAAAGAACUGGUCCUGCACCUAAUACUAUCGAACAGGUAUAGAGAGGCUUUGGAUGAGCUUGAACUGUACCUUCCGUCAUUCCCUUAUCAUGAUAACCCCGUUCUGCACGUAUAUGCAGGACUGCUCUCUCUUCAACUUGCUCAGUCGUCAGGAGAAGCCCAGGCCGAUGAUAGUCACGCGUUGUACUCUGGCACCCUGGACCAUGCCCAAACCUAUCUUGAACGCGCAAGGUUACUAGACCCGAAUAAUGUCGUUGCGAAUGCUUUCCUAGAGAAGGCAAGAGUCGCUCACUUAACUGUCGACGUUUGGUGA